GGUGUGGUCUGGGUAAAGACCGUACAGUGGAGGGGCUUGAAUUACGGUGGUUUGGAAUAUGGUGUAGGUGCUUGAGUUAGGGUGGUGGUUUGGAGUAUAGUGUAGGUGCUUGAGUUAGGGUGGUCUCUGUUAUAACCGGCAAGAAUCGAACCCAAGACGUGCCAUGUGGAAUACUAGCCUAGUGUAGCCUUACCUCCCGCUACGAAUGAACCACGUGAUUUCGAAACUAACUAUAGUUAAUCCAUGCAUAUAAUUUUUGCUAGAGUCCCUAAUGUAAUACUUUCUGAUUUUUAUUUGUAUUUAUCCAUCAUGUGUUGAUUGAAGUCUAAUCUUGUAUGUGAGUUUUGAAUGAAAAAAAAAUAAAAUUCCAUGCAUUAUGUUUUAUGAAAACAAUUUAUAAUUGAAUGCCACUUGUUUUACACAGUUUUUUUUGGUCGAAAGUUUAUGUGUAUAAUUAUGAUUUAUGGAAAAGAUUUAUGUUUUGCCUUACGUGGAUGAAGAGUUUGCUAUCAAAUUAUUAUGGCUAACUAAACAGCACACGCUUUAGUGUAAAUAUGUUGUCAGACUAAAAAAAAUUAUAAUUAAGGUGGGUGUAGUCAAAUUAGGAUUUGAUAGGAUUUUAAUAGACUUUAAAAUAUGUGUGUAGUCGAUCAGAGUUUUAAAGGAGGAUUUUAAAAGAUUAUGAAGUCAUGAUGUAAUCAAAUUAGGAUUUAAGAGGAUUUUGAAGAAUACACUCAAAUCCAGGGGUAGUCGAUUAAGAGUUUAAAGAAUACAUUCAAAUCUAGGUAUGGUGAGAAUGUCAAAGAUUUAUUAGGAUUUUAGGGGUGUAGUCAAUUUGAAUUUCAUUGGAUUUUAAUAGACUUUUUGUAAGUGACAGAUUUUAAAAGAUUAUCAAUUCUAUAUGGGUUUCGACAGAUUUAUAUGGAUUUCUUAGGAAUUAUUAGUUGAAUCUUAUAACAUAUAAUGAAAUAAUGCACAAGAAACAUAAAUGUUUUGAAUCAAAGGAGAUCCAUUGACAAUAAAUUUGAAGUGUUAGCAAGCACAAUCAUGAACUCAAAUACAUAGAAUAAUAAUGUAAUCAUAGUAGCUAAGCAAUCAGAUGAAAUUCCAAAUUCCAAGUUUAAAACACAGCCACAAAACCUUAUAUUAAUAGAAAUUCAUCAUUACAAAGUAAUAUUUUCUUUCUCGAACGUAGCCACAAAACCUAACAUUACAAGAAUAUCAUUAGAAAUUCAUCAUUACCACACUAGAAUUAUUUGUGACUCAUUAUCCUCCAUUCACAUUGUUGUCAUUAUGGGUAUCUCGCCACAUGUCCAAAGCUAUAUUAUAUCUUCAUUCAUUGGCAAUAUUCCGUUAUUGUUUUUGUGUUUGAAAAUCUAGGUCAAGAUCCCUUUCAGAAACUGACAAUGGUGGAGUUAAGAAAAUUCAUCAUUUGGUUUAAUAGAAAACUCAUUCGAUAUACACUCCUUGUGAAGAAAAUUGUGCACUGCUGCACAAGCUAAUACUACCUCUACUUGUGUUGCAUAUAAAAAUGGAGGUGCAAUCCUUAAAAUCGGGAAUUGUGAUUUUAAAAUAUCAAAUAUCCUCUUGACGACAUUUCUUAAAGAAGCAUGACAAAGAUUGAACAACUCUUUUUCGUUUCUAGGCUUACGACCUGAACCACUAUACUCUUGGAGAUGAUAUCGGAUUCCUUGAUAAGGAGCUAAGAAUUGACGUUUAUUUGGAAAUCUACAAUCUACUAUGAAAAAUUUACCUGAUAAUAUAUAUUUUGAUAUGCAACUCAAUGAAUUAAUGAGAAAUUAAAUAAUAAUAAAAAUGAUAAAUCUAUACACACACCACAAUUAAUCUACAAACACACACCAUAAUUAAACCAUGACCAACAAAUGAUUAACCUAUAUACACACAAUACCAAUUAUCAAAUCAUAAUUUCAUAGCUAACUAAUCAGUGACAAUAAAAAAUAUAUCACAGAAACUCAAGCACAUCCAAUUGGUUUAUUUGUUAUUGUUGAAAUUUAUUAUCCAGAAAAAGAAGAUCAAAAGACAACGUGAAACUGCACUUAAACAAUUCAGAGAUAGUAAUCUUAGAUACUUCUAACUUGGUAAAACAUAAAAAUAGAGCAUGUUCAGCUAGCUCCACGAAAGUGCUAAUAAUGAGUUUAAAAAUGUUAUGAAACAAACUAGGAGUGUAAGUGUCUUUCAAAUCAUGAGCACACAGUGAAAUCAGACAUGGUCAAGCUAUGCACAAGGGGCCAUUAGAAGUUAAAACAUUUCAGUGACACAACUAGCCAUUAGAAGCCUGACAUUCUUAUUCCUAUGCUGAAGCAAGCUAUGCACAAUAGCUUAUCUCAGGGGCUUCAACUUCUUCAAUGCUUCAGCCAAAGAAGCCAAUUCUAACAACGACAAAACACUCGUAGUUUUUUGUGGAUUUUGUUAUUUGUAUGCUUCCAUCCGCAGAAAACUAUGAGUGCUUUGUCGUAGUUAGAAUUGGCUUCUUUGGCUGAAGCAUCUAAGAAGUUGGAGCCCUUGAGAUAAGCUAUUGUGCAUAGCUUGCUUCAGCAUAAGAAUAAGAAUGUCAGGCUUCUAAUGGCUAGUUGUGUCAUUGAAUGUCAAGCUUCUAUUUUUAUGUUUUACCAAGUUAUAAGUAUUUGAGAUUACUAUCUCUGAAUUGUUUAUGUGCAAUUUGACGUCCUCUUUUGAUUUUCUUUUUCUGGAUAAUAAAUUUCAACAAUAACAAGUAAACCAAUUGGAAUUUAGCGUGCUUGAGUUUCUAUGAUAUAUUUUUUAUUGUCACUGAUUAGUUAGCUAUGAAAUUAUUAAUUGAUAAAUGGUGUUGUGUGUAUAUAGGUUAAUCAUUUGCUGGUCAUGGUUUAAUUAUGGUGUGUUUGUGUAUAGAUUAAUUGUGGUGUGUGUAUAGAUUUAUCAUUUUUAUUAUUAUUUAAUUUCUCAUUAACCCAUUGAGUUGCAUAUUAAAAUAUAUAUUAUCAAGUAAAUUUUUCAUAGUAGAUUGGGGAUUUCCAAAUAGAUGUCAGUUCUUAGCUCCUUAUCGAGGAAUCCGAUAUCAUCUCCAAGAGUAUAGUGGUUCGGGUCAUGAGCCUAGAAACGAAAAAGAGUUGUUCAAUCUUUGUCAUGCUUCUUUAAGAAAUGUCAUUGAGAGGAUAUUUGGUAUUUUAAAAUCACGAUUCUCGAUUUUAAGGAUUGCACCUCCAUUUUCAUAUGCAACACAAGCGGAGGUAGUAUUAGCUUGUGCAGCAGUGCACAAUUUUCUUCGCAAGGAAUGUAGAUCAGAUGAGUUUUCUGUUAAACUAGAUGAUGAAUUUUCUUCAUCUCCACCAUUGUCAGUUUCUAAAGGGGAUCUUGAUCAAUAUUUUCAAACACAAGAACAACGGAAUAUUGCUAAUGAAUGGAGAUAUAAUAUGGCUUUGGACAUGAGAGAUGCCCAUAAUGAUAACAAUGUGAAUGGAGGAUAAUGAGUCACAAAUAAUUCUAGUGUGGUAAUGAUGAAUUUCUGAUGAUGUUCUUGUAAUGUUAGGUUUUGUGGUUGCGUUCGAGAAAGCAAAAAAGAAAGAAGAAAACAUUACUUGUAAUGAUGAAUUUCUGAUUAAUAUAAAGUUUUGUGGAUGUGUUUGAAACUUGGAAUUUGGAAUUUCAUCUGAUUGCUUAGCUACUACGAUUACAUUAUUAUUCUGUGUAUUUGAGUUCAUGAUUGUGCUUGCUAACACUUCAAAUUUAUUGUUAAUGGAUCUCCUUUGAUUCAAAACAUUUAUGUUAUAAGAUUCAACUAAGAAAUCCACGAAAAAAAAUCCAUACAAAUUUAUAAUAGAAAUCUAUAUAAAUCUGUCGAAAUCCAUAUAGAAUUGAGAACAUUUUAAAAUCCUUUAAAAUCUAUUACUUAAAAAAAAUCUAUUAAAAUCCCGUGAAAUCCAAAUUGACCACACCCCUAAAUCAACCAAGGUUAGAGUUUUAAUUACGCUAUACAAGUUUAAAGGGAAUAUUUACACGAUUAAAAGUUACGAUGUAACCUUUGCAACAUCAUUCGAAUCUUUUGUUAUUAAAUUUGGCAUCAUUUAACAAGUAUUUGCCGGCUUCCAAAGUAGAAAAUAUAUAAAAUGCGCACGCGGAACAGCUGGAAAAUUUAAUUACUGAAGAAAAAAUUGGACAACCAUAAAAUAUUCAAAUUGAACUAUUAAAUUCUUCCAGAUGAUCAUAAGUUAACCAUAGGGGCCUUUUUAUUUAUAAAAAUAAACCAUAAUUCGAGAUUAUCAUAGCAUAACCGCUAGCAUCAAGAUAUUAGCCUAUAAAACAAUGAAUUUGUGCAAGUGCAAAGACAAAGCAUGCACUGAUUCACACAAUCUGAGUUAGUAAAAUGACUUCCAGGAACAACGUCCCUCAUGCUGUUUGCAUUCCUUUUCCAGUUCAAAGCCACAUAAAGGGAAUGCGUCAAUUAGCACAACUCCUCCACCAUAGAGGUGUUCACGUAACCUUUGUCAACACGGAGUUCAAUCACAAACGUUUUCUCAAAUCUUUAGGACCCAACUCCCUCGACGGCGUGCCUGGUUUCCGAUUCGAAACCAUACCGGAUGGGCUCCAAAACUCAGAUGAAGACACCCAACAAGACAUCAUGUUGCUUGCUGAGGCCAUCCGAAAGAAUUUCUUGGCUCCUUUUCGCGACCUCCUCGCUAAACUUAACCACACGGCUGGCGAUGCUCCUGUGACUCACAUCGUUGCAGACGGUUGGAUGUCGGCGUUCCCCAUGGAGGCAGCAGAAGAAAUUGGUAUCCCCGUAGUACUCUUUUUUACUAUUUCUGCAUGCAGCUUAAUGGGCUAUAUACAGUUUCCAGCUUUGGUUGAAAAAGGACUUGUCCCACUCAAAGAUGCGAGUUGCUUAACAAAUGGCUUUCUGGACAAGGUGAUUGAUUGGAUUCCAGGAAUGAAAGGUAUUCGCUUAAGGGAUCUCCCAAAAGACAUGAGAGUCACAAAUCCCAAUGAUAAAUGUUGGAAAUACUGUUUGGAAGCAAUUCAAAGAUUUGUCAAAGGUUCAGCAGUCGUUGUUCAUAGUUUUGGUGCAUUAGAGAAAGAUGUGUUGGAUGCUCUUUUGUCCUUGCUUCCAGUUGUUUAUGCGAUUGGUCCUCUCCAAUUGCUUCUCAACCAGAUGCCGGAGCAUCCUCUGAAUACUACCGGAUACAGUCUAUGGAAAGAAGAAACUGAGUGCUUCAAAUGGCUAAAUUCCAAGUCCCCAAAUUCGGUUGUUUAUGUGAAUUUUGGCAGUUUAGCGUUUGUAACACCGGAACAGCUUGUCGAGUUUGGUUGGGGACUAGCAAACAGCAAGCUUCCCUUCAUUUGGGUAAUCAGACCUGAUCUUGUUGUUGGUGAGUCUGUGAUUUUGCCACCGGAGUUGGUCGCAGAGACUAAGGAAAGAGGUCUAAUAGCAAGUUGGUGCCCUCAAGAACAAGUUCUUGAGCACCCAUCAGUUGGAGGUUUUUUAACACACAGCGGUUGGAAUUCGACCGUUGAGAGUCUAUGCGCAGGUGUGCCUAUGCUGUGUUGGCCAUGCUCUAGUGACCAGCCAACAAACUGUUGCUAUGCGUGCAAGGAAUGGGGGGUUGGCAUGGAGAUUAGUAAUGAUGUGAAGAGAGAUGAAGUAGAGAGGCUUGUUAAAGAGUUAAUGGAAGGAGAGAAAGGUAAGAAGAUGAAAAAUAAGGUCAUGGAGUGGAAGAAACUCGCAGAAGCCGCCGCUAGUCCACAUGGUUCUUCAUCUGCAAACUUAGACAAUUUUGUGAAUCAAGUGCUAUCAAGAAAAACUUAGACAAUUUCGAGGGAAUUGAAUCAAAAUUUUACAUAAAAUCUCUACAAAUCAAUUAAA